UAUUCCAGACAAAAAGUCGAUUUUAGAUUCCUAUUCUUACGUACAUAUUUAUUUGCUUUUUCUGUGUGUAUGGCGACUUUAAUAACAAAGGAAAACUACUUUCCCCAAAUAGUUAAUAUACAGCAGCUGAAGUAUUAUUGAUUAUAUCGUUAUUUUUACUUUCACUAAUGAUAUAUGACAAAAAUAACUAAUUUACUGUUAACGCCUUUCCUGCAGAUAUCAGAGUUUAUUUUUCCCAUCAUUGUUUGAAUUUGGAAGAGAAAAAAUAUGUCGGAAAGGCAGCCAUUACUACGAACAGAGGUCACCGAUAUAGAGGCUUAUUCUUUACCACGUCCCGACAUACGAGACUCGCCGGAUAAUGUGUUAGUUAAUGUGCAGAGUGAUGAAUUACAAGUUAGUCCGGAACAGCAUUUGAUCAAAACCAACUAUAAUCCUUCAGUUCAUAGAACCUUAGAACACCCAACAUCCAAUUUAGAUACGUUGAUACAUCUACUGAAAGGUAAUAUAGGAACGGGAAUACUUGCAAUGCCAGAUGCUUUUAAAAAUGCUGGUUUAUACAUGGGCUUGUUUGGUACACUGAUAAUGGGUGCUAUAUGUACGCAUUGCAUGCACAUGCUGGUAAAAUGUUCGCAUGAGUUAAGUCAAAGAAUUCAACAACAUUCGCUUAAUUUUUCGGAUGUUGGGUAUUGGAGUUUUGAAACUGGACCGAUAGCCCUUAAACGCUACGGACAGUCGGCAAAGAAGAUGAUAACUAUAUUUCUUUUUAUUACUCAAAUUGGAUUUUGUUGUGUUUACUUUUUGUUUGUGGCUCUGAACGUGAAAGAAGUUAUAGAUCAUUACUUUAUGAAAUUGGAUGUUCGUAUUUAUUUAAUGUUAUUGUUAAUGCCUAUGAUUCCAUUAAAUCUCGUGAGGAACCUUAAAUACCUUACUCCGGUUUCAUUGUUUGCUGCAAUUUUGACAGUAACUGGUUUGGCAAUAUCAUUUUUCUAUAUGUUGCAAGACCUGCCAAGCACUGAUACGGUUAAGCCUUUAGCUUCAUGGUCAACGCUUCCGUUAUAUUUCGGAACUGCUAUAUACGCAUUUGAAGGCAUAGGUGUUGUGUUGCCACUUGAAAAUAAUAUGAAAACUCCUGAAGAUUUUGGAGGUCUUACUGGCGUACUUAAUACAGGUAUGAUCAUCGUAGCUUGUCUUUAUACGUCCGUUGGAUUCUUUGGAUAUUUGAAAUAUGGAGACGGCGUUAAAGGUAGCAUUACACUGAAUUUGCCGCAAGAUGAAAUACUCUCGCAAUUGGUUCGUAUAGCUAUGGCUCUAGCAAUAUUCUUGUCGUACGCAUUACAGUUUUAUGUACCCGUUAAUUUCGUGGAACCCCUUGUGCAAAGACAUUUUGAAACAACAAGAACAAAAGAACUAGCUGCUACAGCAAGUCGCAUAGCCUUGGUCACAUUUACAUUUAUUUUGGCAGCUUGUAUUCCGAAUCUUGGUCCCAUAAUAUCACUUGUUGGAGCAGUAAGCAGUUCUACUUUAGCUCUUAUUGCACCACCCAUCUUGGAAAUUGUAACAUUUUGGCCAGUGGGUUUCGAACGUUAUAAGUGGAUAUUGUGGAAGGAUGUUGUAAUUUUAAUUUUUGGUUUAUGUGGAUUCGUCUUUGGCACAUAUGCAAGUAUUGCUCAGAUCUUAAACCCAAAUGUAGAUUGAAGAAGUCAUAAAAAUUAUUUUUUAAAUGUCAGUGGACAAUGCGAUAUAUAAGCCAAAAUUAAAACUUCAGUCAAUCGUAAUAUGUAGCACAAUAAUGUUAAACAAAUAGCCAAAUUUCAUUUACUUGUACCCAAUACUUAUUUUUAGAAAAAAUAUUUGUCAAUAUACAUGCAUAUUUAUAUAUAUAUAUAUAUAUAUAUAUAUAUAUAUAUAUGUAGUUAAUUCAAUGUAUUUACUCGAAUUCUUGAUAUGUAUAUAUAAUCAUAAAAUGAUGUUAUUCAUACUACAUCAUAUAAACGUUUAAUCCAGAGCCCAUCAAACAUUCCCUUGAGUGUACUUACUAUAGUUGUAAGACAAUAAUGCAAAAAAAUGUAAGGUCUUUUACAUUAUUAUUUUAACUUAUAUGAAAAUUAUAUCAAAAGUAUCUUUAUUUUCUAACCUCAUUUACAAAAAAGAUCACAUAGAAACCAUUGUGAUUAAUAAAUUUAUUUUUUCUUCAUGAACCUAGAUACAA